AUGGAAGACCCAAUCUACAACCUCCCCGAAUAUUUAAACUUCCGCUAUUCCUUCAAUUUCGCUACUAUUCUCGCAAUAAUCCCAUUUAUCUAUAUGACACCAACGAUUUUGGUUAUGUGGAUGAUAAUAAGAACUUACUGGGGAUUGAAGACACCACCAAUGGAUCGCCACAUUUUUGCGUGCAUCGUGUUGAAUUUUAUUUGUAGCCUCCUAUUCUUCCUCUCCGACUAUCUCCGUAUCUCCCUGCCAUCCACCGGUCUCCUCACAUCCUGGUGUGCUACUAUUGCCCCUAACCACUACUUCAAAGUGAUCUACCUCCUCUCAUUCUUCUUCAACUACUGUAUCCUCAUCCUUCCAUUCCUCUUAUCCCUAAUCAGAGUAGUUAUUUUGUUUCGACCACAGGAUCAUGUUCAUAUCAUACCAAAACUCAUGAUGAUAUGUCUCCCACUUCUUCUAAUCAUUCCGUUGGGUUGCACCGCAUUCAUGAUUCCAGCUCUGGGUUACUGUAGAACGAUGAAACACCCAUUUAAGUUUGGUGCUGUUUAUAUCUACUAUUACGGGGAGUGGUCUGGGUGGCGAAACUCCUACAUCCAUCUGAUAAUGUCAGUGGUGAUGUGUAUUUUAACUUUGUCGUGUACUGGAUUGAUGCUCUAUAAGUUACGGGCUACUACGGCGGAUAGUAAUAUCUCAUCCUUUACUAAAAAGAGCUCCACCAGAGCUGAACGGUCAUUAACUAUAACUAUAAUUGCAUCAAUGAUACCGUUUAUUAACAACACAGCGUUGACGAUAAUCUACCUAACCCUGCCUGAAUAUGUAUACUACUUCAUUAUAAUCCGCCCGUUUGGAAACGACAUCGAGACUUGCAUCUUACCGUGGAUACUGUAUUUAACUCACCCAAUGUUCAAGAAGAUGGGAAUACCGUCUAGUGAGACAUCGAGUGUCUCAGUUGUGAAUCAGCAGAAAGUUAGUAGUGUUUGA